AUGAUCCAUUAUAAACACUGCUUGAUUCUCGGUGACUUCAACGCCGACAUGUGCUCGAACACCUUUGACUCCGAACAGAUUCGCUCUUAUUUGAGUGCGUACAACUUGUAUCUUGUACCGUACAAUCCUACGCAUCACACUCGUACUUCCACCACCUUUCUUGACUUAUGCUUGAUCGACGACGUUGACAAGUUGGUAUCAUUUAGUCAGAAUGAUGUGUGCUUUUUUUCUUUGCAUGAACUUAUUGACCUUGAAUACAACAUUGUUGUUGAGCGCAUACCGAAGAGAACAAUUACUAUAAGAGACAUGAGUUCCUUUGACAUUGACAAGUUUUUGCGUGAUCUUAUGAACUGUGACUGGAACCUCUUACUAAAUGACAAUGAUAUUGACAUAAAGGUAGAUCUUCUCAACAAAUAUAUUCUGACAAGCUUUGAUAAGAAUGCACCGUUAGAAACCAUUCGUCCAAAACGCAUGCCAGCACCCUGGCUGACUACUAACAUCAAGGCACAAAUGAUUGAACGAAACAAGGCGCGAAGAAGAUGGAAGAGACACAAAAGCGAAGAAAACUAUGCAGUUUACAAGUUAUUAAGGAAUCAAGUGCAGAUUACUGUCCGCCAGGCCAAGGAGAAGUACUAUCUUUCUACCUUUUCGAAGCUCAGGACUCCUAAUUCAAUCUGGAAGGAACUUAGAAAGCUUAGUCUAGUUAAAGCUAAAUCUUAUGAGCGGAUACUUCCUUGUACUGUAAACGAACUUAAUAGAUUUUUCUCUGCACGUGAAUCUACCUUUCCUGACGUGGAUGUCGCUGGUCCAGUUUAUCUUGGUAAACCUGUGUUUGACGAUAAUAAGCUGUACUGGAGCAAUGUUGAUGUGCUUGAUGUGAUCGAUGCGCUUGGCAGGAGUAGAUCUGAUGCUAUAGGCAAGGAUGGUUUAUCCUUGAGACUUGUUACUUCUGCUCUGCCUUGCGUUCUUCCAGUUAUAACGCAUAUUUUUUACUACAGUCUGAGUCAAGGUUAUUUUCCUUCGGUGUGGAAAUCCGCUAUCAUCUGUCCUAUUCCCAAGGUCAAAUGCCCUACCGAGUUGAAACAUUUUCGACCAAUUUCUAUUUUGUGUGCUAUCUCCAAAGCACUUGAGAGCAUUGUCGAGAGGCAGAUGACGGAAUACCUU